ACAGUGGGCAGCCCACGAGCCGUUGCUGAGAAGCGGUCGCGCGCCACUACUCGUUUCUGCUCCUCUCUCCGGGAUGAACGCAGCUUUGUCUCGUGUGCAAGUUGAAAAUGCAGCUUUCUCUGAGUCCGGGAGCUCGUUGGAGAAACUAGAAGUGAAAACCAAAAAGGAGCAGCGCAGCUGGAUGCGACAGUUGUCCGUCGGAGCUAAACUUUCGCUGUGAAGUUAGUGUAAAUGAACGCCAUGGCCUCCUUCUCCUUCGGGAGGUUUCUCUGGGUGCUUUUCUUAAGUCCUAGGGUGAUGUGUGACGCAGAUCCAAGCCUCCCAGUGGAAACAGAUGGUCUGGCAGAAGCUCAGAGUGGAUCUGCACCCACAACUGAAGGUUAUUUUUUGGAGUUCCAAGAGCCGAUCAACAACAUCACUCACUACCAGGGCCAGGUGGCCACGAUGCACUGCAAAGUGGUAGGAAACCCUCGACCGUCAAUUCGUUGGUUGAAGAACGAUGCUCCUGUGGUUCAGGAGCAGGGACGCAUAAGCAUCCGAAAGACCGAGACAGGAUCCAAGCUCCGCAUCCAAGAUCUAGAUACGACAGACACUGGCUAUUACCAAUGCGUGGCUUCCAACUCGUUGAAGGUCAUCUCUGCCACAGGUGUGCUUUACGUCAAACUAGCCCAGAUUCCCACACACAAACCAGUUGAACCAUCAAGUACUAAAGGUUUCUGUCAGCCGUACCGAGGCAUCGCCUGUGCUAGAUUCAUUGGUAACCAGAGUAUCUACGUUGAGUCUUUGCAGACGCAAGGCGAUAGUGAAAAUCGAAUCACAGCUGCUUUCACCAUGAUUGGCACCUCGACCCACUUAUCGGAUCACUGCUCCAAGUUUGCAAUCCCAUCUUUCUGUUACUACGUUUUCCCGCUGUGUGAAAAGGGCCCCAGGGGCCCUCGGCGGCGUCGGCUCUGUCAAGAUGAAUGUGAGGCCCUGGAGAACAACAUUUGCUAUGCAGAGUACACCAUUGCUCGAUCCAAUCCCAUGAUCCUCAUGCAGCUCGAGCUCCCCAACUGCAACUCACUGCCAAAGAAGGAAACACCAGAGGCUGUUUCCUGUAUAAGGCUCGGAAUACCACCAGAUAAGCUGGGUCCACAUUCUCCAUCGGAACAUAGCUGCUACAAUGGAAGUGGGGCAGACUACAGAGGAACAGUCGCUGUCACUAAAUCUGGUCAUCAUUGUCAGCAGUGGAGCGCCCAGUUUCCUCAUAGUCACCACCUGACCCAGGAAUACCCCGAGCUCUGGGGGAGUCACAACUUCUGUCGUAACCCAGGAGGCCACAUGGAGGCGCCGUGGUGUUUCACUCUGGACCCUAAAGUCCAGAUGGACCUUUGUGACAUUCAGCCCUGCAUGCCUCCAGAAAACCCAAGGAAGGAGAUCCUGUUUAUUUUGAUCCCUGCCGUGUCCAUCCCACUUGUUAUUGCCUGCCUCUUUUUUCUGGUUUGCAAGUGUCGAAAUAAACAUAAGGCCUCUUCUGGGACGCCGCCUCGUGGCCAAAGCACCCUCUCCCCCAGCCAGGACUUGGAGCUGUCUCUUCUCAAUCAGAACAAACAUCAGUUGCAGACCAAGCUCCGGGAGAUCACCAUGUCAUCACUUCAGUUUAUGGAAGGUCUUGGCGAAGACCGAUAUGGAACGGUGUACAAAGGGCACUUUUAUGGAACAGCGCCUGGUGAACAGACUCAAGUGGUAGCCAUUAAAACAUUAAAAGACAAGGCUGAUGCAAUUCUAUUCGAGGAGUUUCGCCAGGAAGCUAUGGUCCGCUUUCAUCUGCAGCAUCAAAAUAUUGUUGGUUUGAUUGGUGUGGUCACCAAAGAGCAGCCAAUGAGCAUGGUAUUCACCUAUUCCAGUCUUGGUGACCUGCAUGAGUAUCUGGUGAUGCACUCCCCUAACUCGGAUGUGGGCAGUUCAGAUGAUGGAAAGACCUUCAAAUCUACAUUGGAACAGCCUGAUUUCUUCUAUAUAAUAACUCAGAUUGCUGCUGGAAUGGAGUACCUUUCUAGCAACCAAGUUGUCCACAAAGACUUAGCAGCCCGGAACAUUUUGGUCUUUGACAAGCUGACUGUUAAGAUCCUAGACCUGGGCCUGUUCAGAGAUGUAUACUCGGCUGAUUACCACAAUCUGAUAGGAACAAGCCCUUUUCCAAUUCGUUGGAUGUCUCCAGAGGCCAUUAUGUAUGGGAAAUUCUCCACUGACUCUGACAUCUGGUCGUAUGGUGUGUUGCUCUGGGAAACAUUCAGCUAUGGUCUUCAGCCUUAUUGUGGCUAUUCCAACCAGGAUGUGAUUGAGAUGGUGCAGAGACACCAGUUACUGGCUUGUCCAGAUGACUGCCCGACCUGGAUUUACACACUCAUGCUAGACUGCUGGAGUGAGCUGCCAGCAAGAAGGCCUCGCUUCAAAGAUAUCCACUCACGUCUGCGCUCCUGGGACAGCUUGUCCAACUGUAACAGCCCUGUCCAGACAUCCGUGACCAGCAGCACUACCCAGACCAGUUCUCUCAGUACCAGCUAUGUUAGCAUGAGCACAGCAAAUACAUCACGUUAUUCGAGCCCCAAAAAAAGCUCACUGGUCAAUCAACCCCAGUUUAUGCCAGUUAAGGGUCAAAUGCAUCGGUCGGUAAUGUCACCGCCACUUUUCAUUCCCAUCAAUGGAUACCAUCCCAUGCCAGCUUAUCCAUACCUGCAGAACUUUUACCCCAUGCAGAUGCCUGUGGCAAUGCCCCAGCAACAGUUACACCACCCCCCACCGGUUGUUAAUAAAGUUGGCUCACACCAUAGUGGCAGUGGCUCCACGUCUACAGGUCAUGUUUCCAGUUCCUUUUGCAACACCUCUGUCACAGAGCAAGCUGCUUUCCUAAUUAAAGACCACUCACACAAUGAUGAAGACUUGGCAGACAGGACGUCCCAGGGAGAGCCUGUCCCAGCUCAGGGCUUUCAAAUGCCUGAGACAGAACUUCUAGGGGACAUUGAGACUCUUCAGACUGACGAAAAGAUGACCAAGUUAUCGGACACAUGAAUGUAGUGCUCUUUGAAGAACAGUAGAGCUCAACUUUUAUGUACAUAAAAUAUCAAUUGGCUUGAAAAAGUAACGGUAUAGUACAAAGGUGAGUCGUUGUUUUUCAUUUUAUAGCAGGACCAAUCACCUAAAUAUGAAGUGUGUAAUUUUAUACCUUUUAUAUCUCAGUCUUCAUAGAUGAGCAGCAAUAUUAUUUUCUGAAGCUAUUUUUAAGUUAACAUUCAUUUCACUGCAGAGACCACCCUACCAUUAUUGACUUUUUCUCGUGUAAUUGUGUUAUUAGCUGGAAAUUGUCCACUGUUCACUGAUAAACUGUAAGCAUGGACUCCUUAAAGCCAGCACUCGUACUUUCCUAUUCUUUAAAGCAACUCAGCCAGCAAAAUGCUCUUUCAAACUGAUAUGUUUGUAAUAGAUGUUGACUAUUGUGUUUUAUGUCUUUGAUUCAUUUUUAGCAUGUCAUUGAAGCAUUUUGCUUGAUUAUUAUGUAAAAGCUGCAAUAACAGACUUGCAAGUGCAUUUUUGAUAGAAGUAUUGUAGAGCUUUGUAAAUGAUCCACAACAUACUGUGUUACAAUCUAUUAAAUUUUGAACAAUUUUAAA